AUUAAACUCAAAGUAAACUUAAAAUAUAAAAUAUAGACUAUUAAAAUUAAAUUACAACCCCCACCCCCACCCACAAUUAUCAACACUACUAACCUAUUACAUCUACCACCAGAUACUUCGCGAUCAUACACCCCCUGAAAAGUCGCAUAAACAAGAGCAAAUCGCGCACAAUCAAGAUCAUUUUAAGCACCUACAUAAUACCAUCGGUGGCCGCCCUCCCGUUCCUCUACCCGGACGCCAAGGCCACCGAAAUGACACUUCACAGUCCGUACGGAACCAUCUCACGGCUCACGUGUUUCAUCGACUUCGACCCCUACUUCCGGAAGAGCUACUAUACCUUCCUGUUCAUCACGUUUUACUUGAUACCAUUGGUAUUCAUCGGGUGGACCUGUUUCUGUAUCGCCCGCUCCCUCCUGAGGAUCACCGCCCUUAACAGACAGGGAAGCCUUCGGAGGCAAGAAGUGAACCGACGAAAAAUUGGCCAAAUGAUACUAAUCGUGGUGAUGGCGUACACGAUAUCGUGGACCCCCUACUUCAUAGUGUCCAUAAUCACCCAGUACCAAGAGGUGAACUUCAUGCAAAAGCAUAACUUCUACUUUACGAUGCUUUGCAUCAAUUUAUUCGCGUUUCUAAACUCGUCAAUAAAUCCGUUCAUUUACGCCAUUAUGAGCACCAGAUUUCGUAACGGAUUUAUGCGUAUACUUAGGCUUAUAUUGUGCUUUAAUGAGACCAAAACCACUCAAGACAUCAUCGCGGACAGCCUACCGAAACGUCGUGUGCCGAAGCCGUUGGCCUGCCUUAACAAAUAUCACCGGCAGAUGCUAUUACUGGCCUGCGGUGAGCCCAGUCAGCUCAGCACCGAUAGCUCCACACAGCACGACAACAACAACAGCUCCGUCGGCGGCGCCAUCGAGAACUCGUUUUCGGCCACAUUUCUCUUCAAUCGCAUCCAUUUCCACCGGAGGGUCACAUUACCCGCGCAUAUGUCGAUGAGAGAGACCACUCACACGAACCUCAACCACAACGACGAGAUUAAUGGUGAUUACAAUCUGACGGCCAAUCACUCCGCGGACACUGAAAUGGUGUCCAAACUUAACGCUAAUUACAACGAAAGGUGUAACCCGUUGAAGGGUGUAGUCGGGGAGGAGUUGUUGGAUUUGAGGCCCGAUUUGAUUCACGGCACCGUUAUGUCGCCGACGACGCCUACCCCCAGGCAAAGGACCGGCAGUGAGAGUAUACUCCCGAGUCUGAAGCGAUUCUGGGAACAGAAUUUCAUGGACUUCGAGGACACGGACGGCGAGCACAAGAAUCGUAAACUGUAUGCCAGUGUGUGUGCCAUAAGUCAACCAAAUUCACACAUUAUUGUCACCAAAAACACUGAAAUCUAA